AUGCUAUCAGGAGGAAACAAGAGGGCUGAGGUACUGCCAAGUUGCUUGAGCCUAGACAGGGUAGGUCGAGAGGCGGAUGUCGGGUUCGAACCACGAACCUUACAGUCAUGUGCCGUGACCAUCCUGUACAUCGCCAUUGGAGACAUUGGCUGGCUGAUAUUAUACUUGGGAUUUGUGGAAUGGCUGGUCAUCGGGACCUCGGUGUUAACCGUCAUUAUUUUCCGCUUCACCAGGCCGACUGUGAAACACGAACCUUCAUGUGCCGUGACCAUCCUGUACAUCGCCAUUGGAGACAUUGGCUGGCUGAUAUUAUACUUGGGAUUUGUGGAAUGGCUGGUCAUCGGGACCUCGGUGUUAACCGUCAUUAUUUUCCGCUUCACCAGGCCGACUGUGAAACGUCCAGUAAAACCAUCCCGCCUCCCGCUAGCUCGACAACUAGCUUGCAAAUCUUUGGUUCCUAGUCAAGAGGAUGUCAUUAGUUCGCAGUUGAGUGGUUUGCCUUAUGCCAAUAGGAAACUCAACACAUUCAUUGGAUUGCAUCCACCA